ACACUUGCCCUAUAAAUCUCGUUCACAGUCUCUGUUGGAAGACACUUGCAGUUAAUUCCGGUAGGUACUAGUCCUGAGGAUUCUACACACAGACGCACAAAGAGAAAGCGAGAGAGGAAGAUGGAAGUGGAGGACGCAACGGUGGUCGACGGAGGCGACGAGAUGGACGUCGGAGGAGACGGUGGGAGCGGCGACGAGGCGGUGGUGGUUGUGGGCGGAGGAGGCGCGCAAGGGGGCAGAGACAGGGUGAAGGGACCGUGGUCUCCCGAGGAGGACGCGGUACUGAGUCGGCUGGUGAGCAAGUUCGGGGCGAGAAAUUGGAGCCUAAUCGCCCGCGGAAUCGCCGGCCGAUCCGGCAAGUCUUGCCGGCUCCGGUGGUGUAAUCAGCUCGACCCUGCCGUGAAGCGCAAGCCCUUUACUGAUGAGGAGGAUCGUAUCAUAGUUGCAGCGCAUGCAAUUCAUGGAAACAAAUGGGCAGCAAUCGCAAGGCUUUUACCGGGAAGAACAGAUAAUGCUAUCAAGAACCACUGGAAUUCUACCCUAAAGCGUCAGUGCGUGGAGUUUGGCAAGAUUAAGUUAGAAUCUAGUAUGCUUGAUGAUGUUAGCUUAGACAAAACCAAGGCAUCAUCUGAAGAAACCCUGUCAUUUGGGGAUGUCAAUUCAUUCAAAUCCUUCGAAGGGAGAGAUAUAAGCUCUUUAGAGAAUAUGGAUGAGCAGAAUGAAGACAAGCUGCCAAUAGAGGGUCAUUUUUGCCAGGAAGCCAAAGACAAGCCUACUCUUUUUCGACCCGUGGCACGUGUUAGUGCUUUUAGUGUAUAUAACCCUUCAGAUAGCUUAGAUCCUGCAUCUUCUUUCCCAACGCCAGUUCCAAUGCAAGGACCUCUGAUUCAAGCAUCAAAACCAGAUGUUGAGAUUUGCAAGUUAUUUGAAGGAGUCUAUGGUGAGCAGUUGGUGCCUCAUAAUUGUGGCCAUGGUUGUUGCGGGAAAGAAAGUGAUAGAAAUCCUGGAAGUUCUUUGUUGGGGCCAGAAUUUGUUGAAUUUUCAGAGCCUCCAUCCUUCCCAAGUUUUGAAUUGGCUGCAAUAGCCACAGAUAUAAGUAACCUUGCUUGGCUUAAAAGUGGGUUAGAGAAUAGCAGUGUCAGAGCGAUGGGUGAUGCAGCCGGCAGAAUUGUAUCUCAUGGAUCUCAAGUGCAAAUGGGGAUUUUUGAAGAGACUAGAGUGAAUGACCAUUUUUGUUUUGAUGAGGGGAACAACAGGUUAAUGGGCAUGAAGACCAAUGUACUAUCGACGUAGACUGGAGGCAAACUUUAGUAGAGAACUUGGCAAUCUAUCUUUGCAUUAGUAGCGCUCGGUAGCGUGUACUUGGAGUUGGCUAUAAAUAACUUGGAGCAACUUUUUUCAGUCAAGCAAAGCUUGUCCAAGUAUCUGGAUUCAGCUAUACUUAUCUUGUUGAAAAUUUCCCCUCCUCCUCUCUGCAUCAAGUUUUGGCAAGAUCAUGGCCUCACAGUUUGGAAUCAACGGCCUGGAUUGGCUGAACUCGACUUUGGGAACUCCAAGAGGAACUGAAUCCACAGUGCCGAAUUGCAAUUUCCAGUCCCUGCACUUCUGACUCCCAGAAGUACUGGAAACCUUUUGUCAUCAAUUUCAAAAAUUUAAUUCUGGAUGUUUAAUAUGCAUCCCCAUGCGUCAUAAACGUUCCCUCUUCCCCGGCACCCCCCUCGGCCGCCGCCUCCUCUUUUUCUAUGCCAUCUUGUUGUGCUCUUCUAGCGACGUCUUUUUGGUAUGUUUAAUAUAUAUAUAAAGGGUAGGUGGAUGUGGUUAAUCACCACCUCCACCCCUGCUCG